AUGGGGCCGUUCGGGGUGCGCGCCCUUUGCGGCAUGCGACCACCCAGACCGCGUCUCGCUACGCGCCUCGGAUGGGUUUGUCCGAGCUGCCAGCCUCGUCGAGGUCGCCAAUGGCGCUGGAACAGUUCCGAGAGCUUGCCUGCGAAGAAGGGAAAGCCGUACUACAUCACCACGCCCAUCUUCUAUGUCAAUGCCGCACCUCACAUAGGCCACUUGUACUGCAUGGUCCUAACCGAUGUGCUCAAGCGCUGGCAACAGAUCAACGGAAGAGAAGCAAUUCUAUGCACCGGCACAGACGAGCAUGGCAUGAAGAUCCAGCGGGCGGCAGCCAAGGAGGGCAUGCAGCCAAAAGAGUUUUGCGACAUCAAUUCGAACAAGUUUCGAGAACUGGCAGCAUCGGCCGACAUAUCCAACGACUUCUUCAUCCGGACGACCGACAACGAGCACAAAGAGGCUGUCAGGCAUUUCUGGCUGCAGCUAAAGCAUGGCCUGCCGGAAAAGCUCGGACUCUACAAGGGAAGCCACGAGGGAUGGUACUGCGUCAGCGACGAAUGCUUCUAUCCCGAGGACAUGGUCCAACCGAGCAUCGUUCCACAGACGGGCAAGAAGAUCAUGGUCAGCGUGGAGACGGACAACGAGGUGGAAUGGGUCAAGGAAGAGACUUGGUUCUUCCCGUUGACCAAGUACAAGGAGCGCCUGCUCAAGUUUUACGACGAAAAUCCCGGCUGGAUCACCCCCGCGCACAGGAUGAACGAGGUUCGCAAUUGGGUGGAAAACCACCUGGAGGAUCUGUCCAUCACACGCCCAGUAUCACGACUUAGCUGGGGGAUACGCGACCCGGAUGACAACAACCAGACCAUAUACGUCUGGGUCGAUGCGCUGAUCAACUACCUGACCAAGGCUGGCUAUGGUGCCAAGUGGUAUUCUUCCAAUGACGACAUGGGUCUUUGGCCAGCGGAUCUGCAAGUCAUCGGCAAGGACAUCCUGCGUUUCCAUGCCAUCUACUGGCCAGCGCUCCUAAUGGCCCUUGAUCUACCGCUGCCAAAGGGACUGUUAUGCCACAAUCACUGGCUCAUGUCGAAUCGCAAAAUGUCCAAGUCGUUAGGCAACGUUGUGAACCCAUUCUUUGCCGUCCAGCGCUGGGAUAUUGAUCCCUUGCGGUACUUUCUCAUGCGCAACGGCAGCUUCAGCAAGGACAUGAGCUACUCCAACGACCUCAUCGGCUCCGUGUACGCCAAAGACCUGCAGGCCAACAUUGGCAACCUGUUCUACCGCAUAGCACGUCCAAAAGUCACGGCGAAAUGGUCGACAAAAGAGGCCGUUGAAGCCUUUCGCGAGAGAGAGUUUGAGUCUUUACAAACUGAUCGUCGCGAUUCCACCGAAGAGCGGUUUUUCAGCCUAGACGCUCACCUGGACAAGACGAAUCGUUACGUCUCCGACACGGAGCCGUGGAACCUUGUCAAGAACCCUGAGCCAGAGUCUCGACUGCUCUUGAACUGGGUCAUUUACAACAGCGCCGAGGCACUCCGGAUCGCUGGCAUCUUGCUUCAGCCCAUCAUGCCAACCAAGGCGACGGAGCUGCUCAACGAGCUUGGCGUGAGGCCCGACCGGCGCACAGUGCAAUAUGCAUACAAGAACAAGGACGACGAAUACGGCACGGAAGCGAAGCCCAGCAGCGACAAGGGUCGGACGAAGAAGUGGGACACCAUCUUCCCGCCGACGCCCAACGCAAGCGACUCUGACGCGGAGGUGAUGGAGCAGCUAAAGGCCAUGCUUCAAUCCAAGACAAAAAACAAGAUGAAUCAAAUGGCCGAACUGCUGGCCAUGGAGGCCCGAAUGGGAGAGGACGCCGUGCGGAAGCUGCUCGCGGAGACGCAGGCAGCGGACCCGAAGCCAAUUGACUCAUAA